AUGUCCAGCGCGACAGAUGGUUUGGAUCGCACAAGGCACCGCAGGACACAGCAAAUCUCAGAAUCCAUAGAGAAUCACCCUCCGGGGAAUGAUUCAUUGGAUGCUCUCCACGGCACUACUCAGCCCAAUGGCUCCAUGCAUGGCGUAAAGCGGGAUACGACACCACGCUCUAGAGAGACAAAAGGCCCGGAGGGGGUGGCAAGCAUUGCAAGUGCGGUUGCGCAUGCGACUGUCCCCGCAUGGCUGAAUAUAGGGUUCAUGAUGGCUCUUAUUUUUGGUGGAUGUUGCGCAAAUGUCUUCACACUAGAAGCGAUUGUUAGAGAUAUGCCACAGGCUGGCAUUGGUUCGAUGUUUUUCAAACCGCGUGGUGUUCCAUUGAAAGAGUGGAUCAUAUUUACGGCCUUUUUCAUGACCGUCAAUUUGAUGAAUAACUCCGCUUUUUUAUUCAAGAUUUCCGUGCCAUUGCACAUUAUCAUACGAAGCGGCGGGCCUGUGACAUCCAUGAUAAUCGGAUACUUGUAUAAUUCGAAAAGGUAUACGCGUGUUCAGGUUUUCGCAGUCUCUAUGCUUUCAAUUGGAGUAGUCACAUCUGCACUAGCAGAUGCUAGUUCAAAAGGCAAAUCGCUGAAUAUCGGAGUAACUGACAGCGACGCUUCGCCCAUGAGAACUCUGGUUGGAUUUGGUGUUUUGGGGCUGGCGAUGGUGCUCGCAGCAUUUCAGGGCGUUUAUGCUGAUCGGCUCUAUCAAAAGUACGGCCGAGAUAAUUGGCGUGAAGGCCUGUUUUAUUCGCAUGCUCUUUCGCUGCUUAUCUUGCUGCCUACAUAUCCAAAAUUUCUCCCACAAAUUAAGUCUUUACUCUCGUCACCGUCAAUCCUUGCUUCUUCGCCCAGCGUCGCCUCUAUCCUAUCUACGGACUCUUUCGCUAGUCCAGUUCCUAGCAAGGCUAUCACUAGUUCGAUCCCUGCGUACACGCCUACACCGUUGGCCUUGAAAAAUGUGAUGUCUCAAUCCCGGUCAGUUCUUGUUACGAUUUUAGGCGGCCCUCUCGUCCGCUCGACGCUUUCUCAUAUUCCGUUAAAAUUGGCCUACCUGUUUCUGAACGCACUAACUCAAUUUCUCUGCAUUCGUGGCGUCUAUUUGCUGAGUGCGAAAUCAUCUUCACUCACUGUGACCGUUGUCUUGAAUAUUCGCAAACUGGUGAGCCUGAUCUUGAGCGUAUAUUUAUUUGGGAAUCAUUUGUCCCGCGGCGCGAUGGCAGGAGCUGCAAUCGUGUUCCUGGCUGGUGGGAUUUAUGCGUGGGAGGGUACCAGGCUGCGAAAUAAGCAAGAAGAGAGAAAGAAAAAGUAG